GCUCAACGCAACCCUGACCCGUGCCGAGCUCUCCAGGGGCAACUAACUCCUUUUUCUUCCCGUUGCAGUGGAAGAUCGACGACAAGCCAGUGAAAAUUGACAAAUGGGACGGGUCGGCCGUGAAAAACUCCUUGGACGAUUCUGCCAAAAAGGUCCUCCUGGAGAAGUACAAAUACGUCGAGAACUUCCGCCUGAUCGACGGCCGCCUCGUCAUCUGCACCAUCUCGUGUCUCUUCGCGAUCGUCGCUCUCAUCUGGGAUUACCUGCACCCCUUCCCCGAAUCCAAGCCGGUCCUUGCCUUUUGUGUCGUAUCAUAUUUUGUGAUGAUGGGGAUCCUGACCAUCUACACCUCCUACAAAGAGAAGAGUAUUUUCCUGGUAGCUCACAGAAAAGACCCGGCGGGGAUGGACCCCGACGACGUGUGGCAGCUCUCCUCCAGUCUCAAACGGUUUGAUGACAAGUACACCCUGAAGCUGACUUUCAUCAGCGGGAAAACCAAGCAGCAGAGAGAAGCCGAGUUCACCAAAUCCAUCGCGAAAUUCUUCGACGCCAACGGGACGCUGGUGAUGGAGGCCUACGAGCCCGAAGUCUCCAAGCUCCACGAUAGUCUGGCCCUGGAGAGGAAAACCAAAUGAGUCCCGCCACCGCCUGCCUCCCGAGAUCACGCUAAAUUAAUACCAAUAAAGUCAAAGAGCAAAGCUGA